CACCGCCGUCUAGACGAUUGAAUCCUGUCUCACUCACUCUCUUGCUCUCUCUUUCUCGUAGAGAAUCGAAUCUGUUUCUCCAAAUCUCUCUCUCAGAGGAUCAAUUGUUCUUCAGUCUCUUACUCAGUGAUUCUUCUUCGAUUCUUCUUCAGUUCGGUGAUUCAUCUCAGGAUUGCGAUUUCGAAGUUCAAUUUUGAGCACAGCUCCGUGAUUUAUCUCCAUGGAUUUGGAACUCUUCGUCUUCUUCGAUCAGAGGUCAGUGAUUCAUCUCGGGAUUGUGAUUUCGAGUUCGAUUUUGAGCACAGCCCCAUGAUUUAUCUCCUUCGUCUUCUUCGAUCAGAGUUCAUACUCCUUGAACACGCUGAUGGUGAAACCUGCUACCAUCUCUUAUUAGUGGUUUGUCCCAUAUGCUCCAUAAAAGUUGUGAGUGACAUGUUAAGUCAUAUCACUCUGCAACAUGGACAUUUAUUCAAGAUGCAGAGACGUCGCAGAUUACGUAGAGUUGCAAUUCCCAACAGUCAGGCACUCUCUCUCUCGGGAAGGGAUCUUCGUGAGGCACAUCUGCAGGUUCUUUUAGGAGGCAGUGGAUAUCGAUCGAGCAAUGCAAAUUCAUCUAAUGCAGUUAUUGAUCCAUUCCUUUCCUCUCUUAUUUUGAAUUUCCCUUCAUCUGAAUCAGAAGACAUUUCGAAAUCCGUGUUAUCCAGUGCUGAUGACAGUUCCAUUAAGAGUGUGACAUCAUCGCAUAUAUGGAAAGCAAGGUAGUGGAUUAUAUC